AUGGGUAAUUCGAUCAGUGACAAUUCUCCAGCUGACAACGAUCCAAGCAAUCAACUCAACGCACAAUACAACUUCAACCCUCAACUAAAAGAACACAACCCGGCAGACACUAGUCAAACAACAUCAAUCAACAAUACUAAAGGAAAACACAAUCGAAGUAAUAGUAACACAGAACACAUCAAUACAAGC